AUGAGCAAACGUACCAAUCAGGGCGGUCAUGCCUCUGGCGCUCAAGCAAGGAAAAAAUUCAAAGUGUCUAGCGGAUUCUUGGAUCCCGGGACAGCUGGGAUUUAUGCCACCUGCAUAAGAAGGAAAGAGAAGCAGGCUACCCAGGAGCUGAAGUUGUUGCUGGAAGAGAAACUACAGGAGUAUUAUGGCGAUGAAUUGAAUGCGACUAACGAUGACCCGAAGGAACACACGGAGGGCGAAACAGUGGACGAAGAGGAGGAGCUCUCCGUGGAGGAUCAAUUGAAGAAAGAACUGGAGGAGAUGAAAAAACAGGACAAACCUGCUACAAAGGAGGAGAAGAAGAAAACCAUUCUACAGUUCAUUGACCUGAGUUGCGAGUGUGUCGUUUUUUGUAAGAUAAGGAAACCGGUCGAGCCGGAAAAAUUUGUCGAAAGGAUCAUCGGAGAAUUGGCCGACCCGGAGAACAAGGUCAAACGGACAAGAUACGUUCAAAAGUUGACCCCAAUCACAUACUCUUGCAGUGCAUCAAGGGACCAGUUGACCAAACUGAUCGGCCAAGUGAUUGCCCCGCACUUUCACGAUCCAAAGGGUAAGAAGGACUAUAAAUUUGCGGUCGAAGUUUCGAGAAGAAAUUUUAAUACGAUACCGCGAAUGGACAUAAUUGACGGAAUAGUGUCUCAAGUGACUAAGCAGGGUGCUUACGGGCACAAAGUCGAUCUCAAGAACUACGAUAAAUUGAUUCUCGUGGAGUGUUUCAAGAAUAACAUUGGAAUGUCCGUUGUGAACGGGUCUUACACCUCAAAGUACAGGAAGUAUAAUAUCCAAAAGAUAUUUGAGGAUAAGUUCCCAAACGAGGACAAGAAAGAUCCUUAA